AUGUCAGACAAUAAUCUACAUCAUAAUAACUCAGAAAUUAAUCAUUUAAAUACUCCUAUUUCUCAACCAUCAAGUAAACUUCCAAAAUUACUUUUUAAUUCAACACCUUCACUCCAACCAAUUAAACUACCCAAACCUCCUGUUACUUCAAUACAACAAGUCCCAUCAGUACCAGCCCAACUACAACCUCCAUUAGAAACAGUUACUUCUAAAAAAAAUCAUAAAAAAGGAAGUAGUUCAAAUGAUGAUGAAACAGAGACAAAUUCUGACUCAGAAACCUUAGUUAGUAGUUGUUCUGAUACUGUAGAUGAAGGAAUAAUUACAAACAAUAUAACCAAAGAAAAGAAGGUGACAAAAGAGAAAAAGCCACGAAAAAGGAUUACUAUGCCAAAGAAACCUGUUGGUGAAAAAAGACAGUAUAAAAGAAAAGAAAAGAAAGAGUCUGUUAAUGAUGGUUUAAAACCACUUUCUUCUAUCAACAAUGUUACGAGUUUGUCUAAAUUGGAGAAUACUACUGCAUCAGUUGAUAUUGCUCCUCUCAACAUCAAAGAAGAUGAAAAGUUCCUUCCAAAAGUAGCUGUAGACUUAAAAAAUAGAAUCGGUAUGAUAGAAGAAAAGGAAAAUGAAGAAAAGAAAGUUAAAACAGAAGAUGACAUUAAAGUGGAAGAAGAAGAUGAUGAAAUGUAUCUUGAAACUAUAGAAGAAGAAACAGCAAAUAAUACUAAUACGACGGAAUAA